AUGAAUUGUAAAUUUACGAAAUCAUAUUUUGAUGAUUCAAAACCUGCUGAUUCAUUUUGGAUCAAAUAGCCUCUAGUGAUUGAGGAAUCUAAAAUAGAUUAUUAAUGUCUAUUGUUUAAGAAAAGUUAUAAAACGGGGUUUUGGGUUAGUAGAAACUACUUAAUAUAUGAUUCUCAAAUGAUCAAGGUCAAAGUAAUUGUCAUCUUUUUUAAAUAGUCAAUCACAAAACAAUGUCAUAUAGUAAAUUUGAACUUGUCUAGAAUUCAAAAGUUAAAAUAUGAAAAUAAAUAAGAAAAGGAGAGUUUUAAUAAGGUUAAUAUGUCGUUUAAAUUUUAUAGAAGAAAUAUGGGAUUCGUAUAAUACGAAACAAUCAAUACAGAGAGCUUUACAGUAGAUCGAAAGAAAUGAAUUAAUAAUUAUGGGAUAAAUUAAGAAAGUGUGCUAUUCUUACAAAAUUCAAAGAGGAUUACACAUUAGAGAAGUUGAUUGGAAAGGGCAAUUUUGCAAAGGUGUAUUAAACAAUAAAUAAAGAAACAAAGAAAUUGUAUGCUGUAAAAAUAUAUGAAAAAUCGAAAAUAAAUAAUUCUGAAAUGGACCGAUUGGCUUUGGUAAAAGAAAUGGCCAUAAUGAGAUAGUUAAAUCAUAAGGCUCUCAUUAAAAUGUAUGAAGUUUAUGAAGAUGAAACAAAUAUCUUCUUUAUAUUAGAAUAUUUAGAAGGAGGAGAAUUAUAUAAUCACAUUUAAAAAAAUUAAAAAUUCCCUGAAAAAGUAGUGGCCAAAAUUUUGGCUACAAUAUUAGAUUCAUUAGAUUACUUAUAAAAAUAAAAUAUUUUGCAUAGAGAUUUAAAACCUGAUAAUAUUAUAUUAAGAAACAAAGGCAUAUUGGAUGAUGUUGUUAUUACUGAUUUUGGUUUGGCUGACUAUUAUUCGUAAAAUGGAAAUUAUAUGUUUUCUAGAUGUGGUACUCCAGGAUUUGUUGCUCCUGAAGUAUUAUAAGAUAAAUUAUAUAAUCAUAAAAUUGAUGUCUUUAGUGUAGGUUGUUUAAUGUACUUACUUUUAACUCAUAAACAUGCAUUUAGAGGAUCAAAUUAUGAUGAAGUAGUAAUGAAAAAUUAUCAUUGUAAAGUAGAUUAUUAAUCAAUCGAAAAUGAAAUAUCAUUUGAUGCAUUGUAAUUAUUAAAGUAGCUUCUCCAUCCAAAACCAUUAUAUAGACCUUCAGCCAGGAUAGCAUUAAAGCAUAAAUGGUUUGAAAUCAAUUUGGAUGAGGUUAGAUUUAAAUAAUUGAAUUGUGAUCUCUCUGAUACGAAAGACUCAACAAUCAAGUCAAGUUUGAGUGAUAUACCUUAUAUAAAUCUGAAAAAGAAUAAUAAUUCAAAAUUAAAUUUCUCGACUCCUCAAUAACAAUAAUUUCUUUAAAAAGGCAAAGAAUCUUAAUUAUUUACACCAUAAGUAAUGUAACAAAUUGAUGAAUCUUUAGAUGAUAACAUAAAUUCAUUAAAAAUAUUAGAUGAUACUUUUACAGAUAUUCAGGUUGAGGAGGAAUCUCCAUAAUCGCAUCUUCUACCUCAAUAUUAAAUUAUAAGUAAAAUAAAAUUAGUUGUAAAUUCGAAAGUUUCAUCACUUUAUGGAUCUCCUAUGAUAUUAGUAAUGAUAUAAUUAAAUUAUAAUCUAGAAUACUCCUGAUGUAACAGCUAGAAAGUUAACCCAGGGUAAUUAAAAAUAAGAGAUUCAACAGAAUCAACCUCAAAAAUUAGCUAAUAAAGUAAUGAAUAAUUUAAAAAGUCUUGAAUCUUAAUGA